UCCAGACCCGCACGGCUUACGGAGUGCAGUCAUCAAUCAAAUUCAACGAAAUCAAGCAAACAGUGACGCUGCUUCAUUAGGGUUUUAUCAAAUUCUACACUCAGCUCCAGAAGUUUACCAGAAAUGGCCGAUGAAGCAAACAAAACCGCUUUUGUGGAGAUUCAAGGUCGCAUGAUUGAGACCACUGCUAAGUUGAAACAGGUUCAAAAUCAGAUGCGAAACAAGGAAAGUGAAAAGAAACGUGCUUAUCUAACCUUAGAGGAACUGCAACAAUUGUCAGAUGACACAAACACUUACAAAUCUAUAGGGAGAACGUUUGUCUUAGAGCCAAAACCAUUUUUAAUGGAUGAACAAGAAAAGAAGCUCAAGGAUAGUGAAACUGCAAUUGCAUCCUUACAGACUUCAAAGGAGUACCUUGAGAAACAGUUGGGAGAGGUGGAGACAAACUUAAGGGAGCUUCUGCAACAAGAUCCAGGUCUUGCUCGUCAGAUAAUGUCCAUGGCUGUUGUCUAACCAUUUCUUAAAAUCAUCCACAAGAAUCCAUGAUUAUGAAAUCCAAAUGGUGUAGUGGAGUAUGUAUGUGAUCUUUAUGAAGAGUAUUUAUGUUGCAUAUUUUUGUAAGCCACCAAGAACAAAAAUCAUAUCCAACAUGCAUCAACCACAUAGAAUUUUUGUAAUGGGAUAUCUACUUUUAAAUUUGUCUUUGGUUUACUCAAUGUAAACAAUUAUAGACUACAAGGCAAGCGUAAUUGGUUUUGGAGCGAUCGGUAGCUAUAUGGUAUGUUUGGUAAAAUUAGCUGGUAGUUGAAAAGUAUAACUUUUAUUUGUGUAGAAGCUUUCGACAAAAGUAUCUAACAAUUUGGAUUUACGUACUUGGUGACAAGGUACUUGUUAGUAUCUUCCUAAUGUGUCUUGUAUUUGAGUUCUAAAGCUUUGUAUUUGGAUUUUAAAGCUUUCUAGAGUAUC